UGCGCGGGCGGGAGGAGCCUGGAGGUGGGACCCUGCAGGCGCGCCUCACCGGCAAAGGCAACCGGCGCCGAGCGCGCACGGCUGCUGAGCGCCGGCGCCUCCAGCAUGGAGUGGGAGCUCAACUUUCUGCUCUACCUGGCCCUCUUCUUCUUUCUGCUCUUCUUACUUUUCCUCCUGCUCUUCGUGGUCAUCAAGCAGCUGAAGAACUCGGUGGCCAAUACGGCCGGGGCGCUCCAGCCCGGGCGUCUCUCCCUGCACCGGGAGCCUUGGGGCUUCUCCCGCGAGCAAGCGGUGUGACGGGCGCCGCGCGCACACUGGCGGGAGGGCAUGGAACCGUGUGGGCACCGGGCCGGGGCUCGCCUCCAUUCUCUGGCCGCACGGCCGCCCGGGUUCUAGGGCCAGGCUCGGCUGCCUCGC